CCUCCUCCACCUGAGAUAUAAGUACUCUCCCAGUGUCUGGAAGAGUCUGAAGGCUUGGGAAAGGACUGCACCCGGACAAUCCUCUGCAAGACCAACAAAAUGGAGAAGAUUAGUAAAAUGCAAGAAGAAAAGCACCUCACAGGAACCUUGGUUCUCUCCGUCUUCACCGCAGUGCUGGGCUUCUUCCAGUAUGGAUACAGCCUGGGUGUCAUCAACGCUCCUCAAAGGGUAAUAGAGGCCCAUUACGGCCGUGUGCUGGGCAUUGCCCCUAUUGACAGAAGUGCCAUCAAUUUCACAGACGUGAAUGGAAGCAUGAUCUUCCCAGACCUAGAAGAAUUGGAUGUAGGCAAGAGUACACUCACUCUGUACUGGUCCCUGUCUGUGUCCAUUUUUGCCAUAGGUGGAAUGAUUUCCUCUUUCACUGUUGGAUGGGUUGGAGACAAGCUAGGCAGAGUGAAAGCCAUGCUGGCCGUGAAUGUUCUUUCUAUCAUUGGAAAUCUCCUCAUGGGGCUGGCAAAAUUUGGCCCAUCUCACAUCCUUAUUAUAGCUGGGAGAGCAAUCACAGGGCUGUAUUGUGGGCUAUCGUCAGGACUUGUUCCAAUGUAUGUUGGUGAGAUAUCACCUACAGCCCUUCGAGGAGCCCUGGGAACGUUGCACCAGCUUGCUAUAGUCACGGGUAUUCUCAUUAGCCAGGUCCUUGGACUAGACUUUCUGCUCGGUAAUGAUGACAUGUGGCCUCUACUUCUUGGUCUAUCUGGUGCUGCUGCUCUUCUUCAGUUUUUCCUGCUCUUAUUGUGUCCAGAAAGCCCUCGGUAUCUUUACAUUAAACUAGGAAAGGUGGAGGAAGCUAAAAAAAGCUUGAAAAGGCUCAGAGGAGACUGUGACCCCACAAAAGAGAUCACCGAGAUGGAAAAGGAGAAACAAGAAGCUGCCAGUGAAAAGAAAGUCUCCAUCAGGAAGCUUUUCAGCUCUUCCCGUUACAGGCAGCCAGUCAUUGUGGCACUGAUGGUUCAAAUAUCUCAGCAGUUUUCAGGAAUCAAUGCAAUCUUUUACUACUCUACAAACAUUUUUGUAAGAGCGGAAGUUGAUCAACCAGUCUACGCAACCAUUGGUGUUGGUGUCGUGAACACUGUCUUCACCAUUAUCUCCGUCUUCCUUGUGGAGAAAAUAGGGAGACGGUCCCUGUUUAUUGCUGGUUUGAUUGGUAUGCUGGCAAGUGCCGUAGCCAUGACAGUUGGACUUGUGCUCCUGAGCACUUUUGCUUGGAUGAGCUACGUGAGCAUGGUCGCAAUUUUUCUCUUCGUAAUUUUCUUUGAAGUCGGGCCUGGCCCCAUCCCCUGGUUUAUUGUGGCUGAACUGUUCAGCCAAGGGCCCCGCCCUGCUGCCAUAGCCAUAGCUGGAUUCUGCAACUGGACCUGCAACUUCAUCAUUGGAAUGUGUUUCCAGUAUAUUGCAGAUCUGUGUGGCCCUUACGUGUUCACGAUCUUCGCCGUUCUGCUCUUAGGCUUCAUUUUAUUCGCAUACUUUAAAGUACCGGAAACAAAAGGAAAGUCUUUUGAAGAGAUUUCAGCUGCCUUCCGCCGCAAGAGGCGCUCAGCCAUAAAAGGACACAAAGCUGCUACUGAACUGGAGGAUUUGCGAGGCAGCGAGGAGGCAUAAAAAACUGCAAAAUGUGUACCAGGAAGAAAUUAAAAAACAUAUAUUUUUAAAUGCAUCUGAAAGAACCUUAGACAAAAGCAUGAUUUUAUAAAAACACCGCAGCUCAAAAACCAGUAGGUCAAAUCAGUAUCAUGCUUCUGACUGAUAUGCCUGGGAGUGUGUGUAUCUUACCACCCCUGGCCCUGAGACUAACCUGACGUUACGUUCUAAGGCCUCAGAAUAUCUUGGUGUUGUCCUAAAAAGACACAGGAAAGAAGCUUCCAUGGGGGACUGAAUUGAUUCAGUACAGUAACAAUCUUCAUUGGCUGGAGACCGCUAUAGACUGACCAAGAGCGUAAUGCAGAAGAAGCAAAAGGAAGAAAAGAGACGCUGCGCAAUAAUUUAUUCUUGUGGAUGGUUUCACCCUGGGAAAACCAAAGGCUACUGUAGUUGUCAUAUUAGUAUAAAGCCAUAACUAGCUGAAGGGGAUAAAUAUAAAAGAAUGAGUGAAUUUGCCACCUGAUCCUAGAGUGGUGUAGCAGUAUUUCCAUUACAAUGUGUUAGUAUUAAACCCAGCUUGUUUUAUUUGGUAUUUAAUAGCUACACACAUACUGGCUGGGCCCAUAAGGAUUUUUCAAACCAGUAACACGCUUGAGGAAAGUCUUAUAAAUGCUGGCCAUGGUAUUGAUGUUUUGGGGAAAAGUAUCUAAUUUCUCUUUCCAUUGUGGUCCUUUGCUUUAUCAUAUUUACAGCCUGAAAGGUGGUACUGUAGUCUAGGGGAGAGGACACUGAAUUAGGAGUCAGAAGACCUGGAUUCUAUGCCCAGCUCUGGCACAGCCUCUCUGUGAGACCCUAGGUAAGUCUUUCCACCUCCCUGCUGCUGUUUGCCCUCCCAACCUGUGUCUGUCUCAGACUAUACGUUCUUUGGGGCAGGGACUGUUUCUUACUAUGUGUUUGCACAGCGCCUAGCACAGUGGGGUUGUGAGCUCCGUUGGACCUUAAAACACUACUGUAAACCAAACAACAAAUAACAACCACCAGGGGCCAGAUUAAAUUGGCCUAGCACCAUUAACUUAAAAUGGCUUCCUGGUGAUUUCAUCAGAGCUCUGUGACUUACACUAGCUGAGGCUCUGGCUGGGGGAUGGUCUCUGCUUAAGGACACAUUUGUUGCAGACUCACUCAGUCAAAGGUGACCACAGAGGAUUUUUAAAGUACUGGACAUAUGCUUUUUUUUUUUUUUUUUAACUUUGGAAAUCUCAGAAAUA